GAAGCAUAUUCAAAAUUCAUUUUCCCCAAAUCAAAGCUUCUGGUGUCUAGGCGGUGACCACCACCGUCCCCCGCCACGCUUUCCUCCAUUGCCAUAGCUGUGACUGUAAGUUUGACAACCAACUAAGCCAGUAACUAACUGCCUCUGCAAGAUGUCGGCCGGGCCUGGACUCGAAUCCCUUGUAGAUCAGACAAUUUCAGUCAUUACAAAUGAUGGACGAAAUAUAGUGGGUGUCCUAAAAGGUUUUGACCAGGCAACAAAUAUAAUUCUCGAUGAGUCACAUGAAAGAGUUUAUUCUACCAAGGAAGGUGUCCAGCAGCUUGUUCUAGGUUUAUACAUCAUUAGGGGUGACAACAUAAGUGUUGUGGGCGAACUAGAUGAGGAACUAGAUUCCAGCCUAGAUUUGUCCAAACUUAGAGCCCAUCCCUUGAAGCCUGUCAUCCACUGAAGUAAACUUAUGUUAGUUGCUAAGGCUUAGGGAGAUGCUUGCUUGCUUGGUGAAAAGGGUUGAAGUGUUGCGAUAUUACAUACAAAAUUAAGAGGUUGAAAUGAAGGUGCAAGAACAUGCUGGCUGACACAUAUUAAGUAAAUAUUUUUAUUGUGUUGGUUGUUGUUGUAUGGAUUUGGCUUUCAACGAUCUGGGCAUUGCGGUGUAACAUUCUUUAACUAUAUGGUUGGAUUCAUUUUUGUAAGAGGUAAUAGUAAUUAUAGAGACAUAAAAUUAAUUGAUUGUUAUUUGACUUGUUUUGGUGUUCCGUGAA